UAGAAUUUCACAUACCCUACGAUGACAGUUGAAAUGUUGUCUUUAUGAAUCCAUAUCAGGCAAAUAGUAGGCACCCUUUAGCCAAGGCCAUUAUAGAGCACGCCAAGGAAUGCGGGGAAGACAAAGAUAACUUUCUCUUGCCUGAAGCUCAUGAUUUUGACUCAAUUGCUGGCCGCGGGUUGAAAGCUAUUGUCCAGAGCAAGCAAAUACUCGUGGGAAACAAGAGCUUGAUGAUUGAACACAACAUUUCAAUCCCGGAUGACGCUAAGAAAAAGCUCGCAGAAAUUGAAAGGAAGGGUCAAACUGGAGUUUUAGUAUCCAUAGACUCGGAACUAACUGGAAUUGUAGCCAUAUCUGAUCCACUGAAACCAGGUGCACGCGAAGUCAUUUCCAUUCUCAAAUCUAUGAAAGUUAGGACGAUCAUGGCGACAGGUGACAAUUGGGGAACUGCCAAUUCCAUUUGCAGACAAGUUGGGAUUGAAACUUUUAUCGCAGAAGCCAACCAUCAGCAGAAAGUAAAGGAAGUGGAGAAGCUGCAGGACCAAGGACAUGCAGUGGCAAUGGUUGAUGUUAGUAGAAGCAAUUCACUUGCACUUGCGGCAGCAGAUGUUGGAAUAGCAGUUGGAGCACGCACAGGCAUUGCAAUGGAGGCAGCUGAUAUUAAUCUCACAAAGGACAACUUGGAGGAUGUCGUUACUGCCAUAGACCUUUCCAGAAAGACAAUUUCUCUUAAUCAUCUUAAUCUCGUAUGUGCUUGCGUUCAUAACUUCCUUGGCAUUUCAAUGGCUACUGCUGCCCCUUUCCUACUUGGAUUUAUCUUGCAGCCAUGGAUAGCUGGAAUGAUAGCUACAUGCUCUUCACUCGGGUUGGUCAUGUCUCCCUAUUUGUUGAAGAAAUACAAGAGGCCCAAGAAACUGGAAAACCUUGAGAUUCACGGAAUAAGAGUUGACCAAUAAGCCAUGGCUUUCAACUCAAUUCCUCUGAACAGAAAAAAAAAAAUUUGAAGCAUUGUGCUACCUAUCUAAAUGAAAACAGUGUCAAGAAAAUGAUAUUGACUGAGUUUUAUGUUAAGUGGUAUAUGAUCAUCUGUAGAUUAAUGUUGAAUGAAAGACUGAAUAAGCAAAUAUGUAUUGAUUUGAAUGAGUGGUUUGGAAUUUGGAUUGCUUGAUCUGUUUCUCAUGAAUUUAAUUUCUGCUUUCAUUUGUAGUUUCUUGCUGUAUCACGUGAUCUUUUUCCAUGAUUCAAUGGAAUACUAUUUCUUGUUAAAAGAAAAACAUUAAAGGUCUAAGAAAUCGCAGCCAAAGCUAGAGAGAAAAACAUAAAUCAUGAAGAACCUGCAGUCAUACAAGAGACGGUCAGCUCAGCAUACAAGCAGAAAACAGCUUCUCAGACUUCAAAGUUUCACAAUAGAACUAGUUGAAGAAAAUUGCUAUAAUUUAUAACUAGCAUGUCUAUUUAUUGCAACCGUGAAUAA